AUUAAUUAAAAACAAGAAUUGAUUAAUGGGUUAGUGUUGCACUACAGCUCCAAACGAAUAAAAAGAUUAAAUUUAGUUAUAAAAAGAAAUAUAUAAACCAAUGAAUCCUGAAAGUGAGCAUCAAGAGGAAAAUAUUAUAGUUGCAAUUCACAAACAGGAAUUAAAUUUAAAUAAAAAUUUAAGUGAUAGUCAAACCUCUGAAAAUUAAAUAAGAGAAUUAAAAGAACAGAAAUUUUAAUAAGAUUACCAUCAUAAAUAAGAAAAAUUAGAAAAAUCAGAACAAAAUAAUCCACAUGCUCCUUAACCAAGUGUAGCAAUACCAGUACAACAUUUCCCUAAUUUUCAAAAUGAAAAAGGAAAAAAGACACUUAUAGAGUAAGGAGAAUUUAUUUUCGAUGAAGAUGAGUAAGGAAAUUCUAAUUUACCGAAACUAGGUCCUUAUUAAUUUGAAAAUGGUUCUAUAUAUAUUGGACAAUGGAAAGAAGGAUAAAGGCAUGGACAUGGAACAUAAUAUUGGAGUGAUGGUUCAAUAUAUGAAGGUUAUUGGAGAAAUAG